GAGCUACGAUAAGCAUGACGACUGCACUGGCGGACCACGUGCUGUUGCUGGGCUCGAGCCAGGAGAACGAGCUGCUUGUCGCCGACGCGUCUACUGGUGGGCAAUUGUACUGCUUCAAGAACUGUCGCUCGGCGCUCAAUGGUGUGCACCCGGUGCCGCGCACCGAUCACUUGGUGGCAGUGCAGGAGGGCAAGCUGGCGCUCAACCUCUGGAACUGGGGCAAGGACAUGCCCGUUUGGAAGUGCCACGUAGCCGAGAAGAUGGGUCCUAUCACGUCUUCGAGUUGUGGCAACUUUCUCUUUGCCGGCGCCGAGUCAGGCAAAGUUUACGUGUGGGACGUCAAGACCGGCGAGCUGGUGACGGUAUUCGACGCGCACUACAAGCGUGUAUCAGCUUUGGCGCUUACGUCAGAUGAUUCACAUUUAAUCACGGCUGGCGAAGACGCUUUGGUGCACGUUUGGAGACUUGUGGACUUACUCGACGAGCCAGAUGCAGCUUCGAGCUUCCAACAGGGCGUCACACCGGUGGUAAGCUUCACAGACCACGUGCUUCCCGUCACAUCACUGCAUGUGGGUCUGGGCGGUGUGAACGCCCGCAUUUACACGUCUUCUCUGGAUCGUACGUGCAAGAUCUGGUCGCUCAAUUCGUCCCAAUGCUUGUACAGCGUUUCGUGUCCGUCGUACGUCAACGUCUGCAUUGCUGACCCCAUGGAGCAGCGGCUAUUCAUGGGCUGUGGCAAUGGACAGAUCUAUGCGCUGGACUUGAAUGCUGCUGCCACAUCCGUCACGGCGGCAACGGCGCGUGUCGCCAAUGCUUCGACAGGUUCUUCGUCUGCCAACGUAGCGCCGUGGGGUCCCGAAGCUUUGCUGCCGGAUUCGUUCGAGGGCCACGAAAGCAGCGUCACUACGUUGCAGAUUCACACUAGUGGCGCCUUCUUAGUGUCAGGAGAUGAAAGCGGUGCUGUGCAUGUCUGGGACAGCUUGAGUCGCCAGUCACUACGCAACAUCAAGCUGUUCAAAGGCAAGGUUACUGCUCUGGUACUGCUGCCUCGACCACGACACCUUUUCCGCCAGGCCAAGACACCGUUCAACAUGGAGAGCGAAGACCUGGACGACGUGUUGGCCACACCGCUUCCUGUCGCGCCGCUCAAGAAAUAUAUGAACGCCACCAACGACAACUAACAGUAAGUAGUGUAGCCAUUCAGCCAGAACAAAAAAAAUAGACUUUGCAUUUCUACUCUAAGAAAUUUAUUUCAAGCUUGGUAUAUUUCCGUCCUUGGGACGUGGUGAAG